AUGGAAGAAUUUUGCAGCCACAGGUGGGUAGUUGAGAGGGAUCGAGGGGCCCAGGUCGAUGGGGGUGUUUACGGUGCCCUCGGAGUAACGAGCUUUGGUCUAACGCUUAUACGGAGCGUGACGAAAGUGGCUCAAACCUGGUUGACGGAGCUUAAGGGUACGGUGUCACAGAGGUUGAAUCGGUGGAGUUCUUGUAAUAGUGUAAGCGGAAGGGCGAAAAAGAACCUCCUUUUAUAUCCUAGUGACUGGUCCUCGAAAGCGUGCGGUGUGGACAGGAAGGCCCAAACACCUUGGUCCUCAAGAUAG